CCAACCAUUCGAGACCUAAGAUGGCGGACCGGCGGCGAAGGAGGAGGCGCGCGUCGCAGGACAGCGAGGACGACGACGAGUCCGGUUCGGGUUCGGACAGCGGGAGGUCGGGGUCACCGGCGACCAAGAGCCGAGGGAGAGAGCCCGACCCGCCGGAGGCCACAGCGGCCCGGGUCGAGCCGAAGAUCGCCGCGGAGUCCGAGUGUGAGAGUGAAGAUGGAGUUGGAGAAGCGGUCCUCUCCGACUACGACAGCGCCGAUCCAGAGGAAAACGGCUCCCACUCGGAGGGAGUGGAGGAGGAAGAGGAGGCAGAGCAUUUCAGCGAUGAAGAAGCUCCAGCAGCAGCCAGCGUUCCCAAACCCCCUGCUGCCGACGGCCCGAUAAAGGUAGAGGAGGAGGUGGAGGCAGUGGGUGCAGAGGAGGAGGAGGAGGAGGCGGUGGUGGUGGUGGAGGCGGCGGCGGCGGUGGCGGCUGAAGAAGUAGAAGAGGAAGAAGAAGAGGAGGAGGAGGAGGCGGCAGAGGGAACAGAACAGAUUAAAGAGGAGAGCAAGGCAGAGGAGAAGGAGAACCUGGCUGGAGAGAGACAGAGCGGUGACGGACAGGAGUCAACAGAUGAUCCUGAGACAAAGGUCGGAGUGAAACCUGGUCAGAAGCUCGACGAUGACGAGGACAGAAAGAACCCGGCCUACAUCCCGAGGAAGGGUCUGUUCUUCGAGCAUGACGUCCGAGGACACGCUCAGGAGGAGGAGAGACCCAAAGGCCGAAACAGGAAGUUGUGGAAGGACGAGGGUCGCUGGGAGCACGAUAAGUUCCGGGAGGAGGAGCAGGCGCCAAAGAGCCGCGAGGAGCUCAUCGCCAUCUACGGCUAUGACAUCCGAAACGGCGGCAGCUCCGGAGAGCGAUCCUACAGGCAGCGCCGGCCCAGACAGAGUACGUCUCCCAGCCGAGACAAACGAUGGAGAGACGGAGGCGGAGAGCGACCGGUCCGAUCCUGGCACAGCGGAGGAGGAGGAGGAGGAGGAGGACUGCACCGAGGAGCUCCUCCACCUUCAUCCAUCCACCCCUCUUCUACAUCCCCCUCCCCUCUCCCUCUCUCCUCCGCUCAGCGUAGUGGCAACCCCUCCAGACCGCCUCCCUCCCGCAACAGACCAUCCCACCACAACCAGAUGCACCUCCCGCCUCAGUCCCAGUACAGGAAUAAUGAAUCAAACGCACCCCAGAUGCACCACAGAGAACGACAGGGUCCUAAAGCUCAGUCUGAUCCCACAGACAGAGACAGGGGUGGGGUCAGCAGGGGAGGAAGAGGUGGAGGUGGCGGGGGAAGGGGUGGUCCCUCUGUGGUCAUCGAGGAUAUCACAGUCAGCCAAGGAGGCGUUAGGGAACAGGAUGCGGUGAUGACGGCGCCAUCGUCACAACCGGGUGGGUACAAGUCUGCGUCGCCAAGACGACAGCAGCAGGAGCAGCGAGGGAGCAGCGACAGAUCUGCGUCAGGAUUGGCCGCCCUCUCGUCCACCUCUGACCCCUCCCCGCAGUCGUCAGCUGCAGGGACCAAUCAGGACGCCUCGCCUCCCACCGAGCGGCCGGUGGAGCGUAAGUCUUACUCCCUGGCCCGCAGGACUCGCUCUCGGCCCGCAGACCUGGGCAGCAAACAGCCGUCCAUGGAGGAGUCCGCAGCCGGGGGAAACGCCUCCUCCCCCAGCAGCGUGGGAGAGAAGAGCUGGGCGGGAGCAGGCGACGGGCCGAGUCAGGCCGGAGGGGCAGGGGCAGGAGGAGGUGGAGGUGGAGGAGGAGGAGGAGGAGGAGGAGGGCUGACAGAGCUGGACCAGGACGUGGCUCGACUCAGUCUGGUGUCAGAACAGAGCUGGAGCCAGAGCCCGACGUCAUACAUGCGCUCUGAGAUCAGAGGCCUCCCCAACCCCAUGCACAUCCCCGGCGGCCCGCCUCAGUUCUCCAGCAUUGAGGAGCUGGGCGUCGGCUCCAAUCGGGCCAAACGCUACUCCUCCCAACGACAGAGAGCCGUACCUGAGCCGGCACCGGCCAUGCAUCUGGGAGUGAUGGAGGGACACUACUACGAACCCAUGUCAUACCAGGGACCAAUCUAUGCCCACGGGGAAGGCCCCGCCCCCAUCCCGCCGCAAGGCAUGCUGGUCCAGCCUGAGAUGCACAUCCCCCAUCCAGGUCUCCACCCCCAUCAGUCAGGUGGUCCGAUCGCCAACCCCGCAAUCUACGGAGGCCCGCCUGUUUCUCUGUCGCCAGGGCAACCACAGCAGCUGCUCCCACCGCCUUUCUACCCUCCGCCUGGAGUGAUGACCUUCCCCUACCCCGCCAUGUACCCGACUCCACAGGGUCAGGCCCAGGUGACCUACGGAGGCGUGACGUACUACGACACGAUGCAGCAGCAGGCUCAGCCCAAGCCUUCGCCCCCCCGUCGCACGUCCCAGCCCGUCACCGUUAAGCCCCCCCCUCCGGAGGUGCACUUCGCCUCAGAGUGACCCCGCCCCUCACCCCUCCCUGCCACCAAGUCUCAGCCUCACUCUGAUCUGGAAACUACAGGAGCGGGAUGGGAGGGUCAGUGAGGAGCUGUGGUCCCCAACAGCAACCACCAACCUUAUCCAUGGACGGACGGACGGGUGGACGGAGGUGAAGAUGGACUCUGUAGGUGACCCACAGCAUCACUGGUGGAAUACGACUUUCUCCUUUUUGUUUUUUCCCUUCUUGUUUUCAACCCUGUAGCAGUCAGUCGGGUCAAGACGUGUCACAGUCGGACUGCUCUGUCGCAGGUUUGAUCCCACCAACGUGUCUUUGAGCAACAACCCUGAAAACGUAACAGUCGGACUGACGAGUUCGAACCCUUUAGAGCCUCUCUGAAGCAUUUAACGUCACACGGAGUCGAACUGUGACGUGUGAAACGUUGGGAUCAGAGUUCCUGUUUAAGGUUUCCUUCUUUUUUUGUUUUUUCUUUCUCACAGUGACGUUUUUCUGUUGGAUCCUGACUGAAUAACGGGCAAUAUGAACGGUUUCUCUGUGGAACACAGUCUUUGUUAUCAGUUAUCAGAUUACUUCUCACUGUACAUCAGCUGUUUGUUUCCAGUAGGAAACAGGAAGUUCAUGUGUAUUUCCACCACCCGUCGCGGUUACUGCAAAGAGUUUAACGAGAUAAAGCGAACUAAAAACAGGAUUAAUGUGCAGGUUUAUGGAUGUUUGUGAGAAUAGGUUGUGCAUAUAGUUUGAAUGCAGCUCAGUGUUCAGCGCUGACCCGGUGCUUCCUGAAAACCUCCAGAUGUUGCCGUCAUGUUACAGCCGGUUGGAGUUUGUUAGAUUUUAAUGUUUGUCUGUUUUCUCCUCUCGGCACAGAAAGACUUUAUUUUUCUCCACAAACAUCAGCUCUGUGUUCGUUACUGUAAUCUGUACUGCUGCGUGUCCCCAGAGGCUGCGACUGACCACAGUUUAGUGGAUAAACUGUCAGAAAAUAGUGAAAAAUUGUCUUCUAAUGACAAAUAUUUUCAGUUAUAUAAAAGUUAUAUAAAACAGUGAAUACAUUGGUGCAUCCAGACUCAUUUAUCAAAAAUAUUGCUGCUUAAUUUCUUCUGAAUUAGUUGAUAAAUGAACCAGUUGUUGAAACUGUAGUGACUAGAAACAGAGUUUUAUAUGUGUAGAUUUGGGCUGGGCGAUAACGGCAAAGACAAUAAAAUCAAAGAAUAUUCUAAUCUACUAAAACAUGAUUGAAACAUCCUGUGUUUUAUGGUUUCAUGUGCAGGAGUAAUAAAAGAACUGCACCAUCUGAUAAGGGUUCUCACUGUGGAGCGUCAGUACCAGUUAGCUGCCAGCAGGUGGAGCCAGUUUGAUCUACACACUUUAUGGAUGAAAGGAACAAACACACUGGACACAGGUUACCCAGACGGGGAAGACUCAGCCGGUAACACACAGGUCCACAUUAAUACCCUUACUCCACUACAAGUUCUCAUUCUAGACCUUCGUUAGUAUUACAGCAAUAUUUACUCCAAGUACUCGUAGUGCAGUCAGACGGUCCCUGUCAGUGUUUUAUUAUCGAUGAUGCUUUUGGAUCAAUACUGCUGCCACAUUAAUGUUUAUUUAUUAUACAGAAGUUUACAUUUUGGCCUUAGUAAAUGUGCUUUGGCCUCCAGAUUUAAGGUCUUUGUAGCGUCUCUCCUCGUAGAGAGUGCGGUCUGUUCUCAGAUCAGCCUCGUCACCGUCGGGUUCGACCAAUCACGUCUCAGUUUACUGGCCGGGGCGGAUUGCUAAUGUAGCCGCUAUUAUCUGCGUCAGUCGUCAGCGUAAAGUGAUCUUUUUGUGCUCGUUGUACAAAUUCAUAAACAUUCACAUUAAAUAAAUCGGACACGUUGCCCAGCCUUAAUGCGUCGUAUUAACUCGACUGUUCCGUGUGAGAUGAGCGGAGUGGCCCUUUAAAUAACUCGGCUCCUCUGAACACCGAUUAUUUUCCCCUCGCAGAUGUUUGUCUCCUCCCCCCCGACGAGCAGGAAGUGAAACGAACGACAAAAGUUGCACAAGAGUCCGUCGCUCGCCCCCGAGAGGAGCUGCUGCUGGCGGCGGGGAGGAGGAGUUUAUUAUGGCUGUACAUAGAAAUCUAAUGUGUAUAUAGAAGCUUGAACAGAUGAAAUAGAGCAGUAAACAUAUUCUAAUAAAACUACUAGUGCUACAGGACAGCUUCUGAUUCAGAACGCAUCGGCAGGGACCUCGAAUGUUAACGCUGGGAAUAAUUUAGAGGGAAGUAGCGACGACGAAGGAGCUGUGUGGCUUUAGCUUUCACCUGUUUUAUAUAUUUUUUUCCCAUUGUUUUAUUUUUGGAAAUGUCUGUUUUAAUUUUAAUACUGUUGUUUUUUAUUAUUAGUGGCAGCAGGAGUGGAGCGUUGUUUGUUUUCACCCUUAAAGGCACACAGACGAAACCACUUUAUAGAACUGAUUCUCUCUUUAUCGUUUGUUUGUCCUGAAACAGAAAUAAAUGUUCAGAGAUGAAGGUAACCAGAA